GUGUGGUAAAUUUACUGGUGUGUAACCGGAACAGUACGGCAGAGACUAAUCGAUUGACCGGAAACGAAUGCAGAUAAUCAGCAGUCAUACUGUAGCUUUACAUCUGGACGGACGUCUACUUUUGUAUCGGUGUUCAUCCUAUGUGUUUUGUGUCUACGUUCCUGGCCUGAGGGAUCCGGGAACAGAUACAGCUUUAUUUCAGUUGUGUUCUAGCCUAGCCAGUGCACGAGUUCCUGCACCCGGAGGUAUCUGGCCUUGAGGGUAAAGAGGAGACGUGCGGUCGGGCAGUAUCAGUUAUCAGAAGGACUUUCGGUUCUCCGGCAUCGCUGGGGAUCGUGCAGUCUUAGUGAGCAGAGGGAUCAUCGGUUCUCCGGCAUCGCUGGGGAUCGUGCAUAACCUGCAUCAUACUUUACCGGCAGUGUCUGGUUGAGUGGAGGUUAUAGGUGUUAGAAAUCAAGAUUCUUAAAACUACCCUGUGCGGCUGCUGAGAAUGUCAUCUUCCUCCAAGCUUGAGGUUUAAUGCAAGCUGAAAGUGACCGGAGACCGCUGGUUACGACAUGACUUUUCAACAGGGUUUAUCCGACAUAAUUGUGUUCAUGUUCUCCAGUUACAUCCGAAGCAAUUGGAGGACAAAAAUUCCUUCAUACGUUGUUAUCCCUAUUUGUACUCACAAUAUGGGUUCAAAACCAAAGAUGAAGGGAAGAGGAGGAGAAAUAGCAUGGGGUCAUUAGGAAGAAUGGCGUCCGGCGAAAGCUGGAAGUUGAAAAGCCUCCUAUAGGUAGUCAUGUACCAUGGCCAGCUGGACGACUGAGUACUUUCUCGGGUCUAAUGUUCGGCUUGGUACCCUGCUGGACUUUGCCCAUAAGCAUGACUUAGGAAUCAACGCGGAGGUGUCUCUAUCUGAAGUAGAUAGACAGUGGUUGUCCGAGUUCGCCCGUCAAUCAGGAUGGCCGGAAGUGGACUUCGACAUUCAACGUCUGAACUCGCAGGCUCUUCUUGUCCAUUGGCGUGUCCUUGUCGGUCUACUGAAACACAUUCCAAGGGAUCGACAAGUUUACUUCUUCAACCUGGACAAUCAGCGUACCUCUAGUACCGUCCCGGCUGUGGCUGGGUUACAUGUUCAAAUACCUGACGUGGAGCAUCCAAGUACCCCGACACCCCCGGUUGUGGCAGUGACGGAACCUGCAGGAAGUGGAACGGCUCAUGCUGUUUCUAAUGUACGGUACAUGUCUGUUAGGGAGUAUCUGGCAGUAUCCGGACAGGCAAACCUUUCGUUGGCUAGGGGGAACACAUCCCAGGCGUCAGGGCGACCAGUAACAACCAGGAUUUCGGCCUUCGAUUCUCAUUUUCACCUGGACCGGUCUCUAGUGAAAUUGGUUAUGCCGUAUUACUCAGAUAUCCGGACCAUUCUGGAUGCAGAUGUAGGGAUCAGACCCCAAGUUGAAGUGGAUGUGGUAGGAGGUGUCCUGAUCUAUUGUGACCCCGAACCGAACCAGCAGAUACUUGGGGGCUACAGGAGGAAGUUCUGACAAGGAUACUAGAGUUGUCAUCCCCUUGUCAACCAAUCAUCCCUCAUAUCCGGGAUGGGGAGGAUCGGCAGUCCGGAGUGCUCUAUCUGGAAUGUCUUGAAUUAUUAAAGCCCAAUGUUGCUCGGACGCAGAAAGUGGUGCUGCAUUGUUUCACCGGCGCGCAAGAGGUAGUGGUCAGCUGGUGUAAGGCAUUCCCUAAUUGUUUCUUCAGUACUCAGGACAAGCCCGGCUUUUCACGGAGGCGCAGAAACAGGCAGUCCGGAGGGUACCGGCGAACAGGCUGUUGAUCGAAACUGACUCGCCAUACUUUCGACCAGCUGGGGCUCAGAUGUGCACUCCAUCCUUUUUAGGGGACGUGGCCAACGUUAUUACGUCAUAUCGGGAUAGCGAGGUCAGGGACGUGUGCCAGCUGACCUUGAGGAAUUCCACUCAACUGUUUGGGCUAUAAAUAGCAUAAUGUAAUAUGACAUUCGUGUGGCCAAUUAUUGGAUUUUGAAUAUGGAGUUUUAAUAUUUUAAUGUUUAGGACACUAAUUUUAACAAAGGAUCGUAACUGAAGUGUAUAGACAAUGAAUGGAAGUUAAAGUUUGGAAAAACUCCGUUGUUAAUUAUAAGUUUAAAGAAAAACUAUAUGCUGGGCACAAUUUACUCCUCUAGUCUGUGUUAGUGGACAAUUAAUGGAGCAUUGCAGAGUUGAAUACAAAAUAAAGUAUCACCAGGGCCCGGAACUUUAGUGUAGGUCAAAUUUUUGAUGAAGUAACAAGUUACCAAGACUGAAAAAGGACUCUAUGGCUCUUUCCCGUUGGAUAAAAUGGGGAGGAGUGUGGUAAAUUUACUGGUGUGUAACCGGAACAGUACGGCAGAGACUAAUCGAUUGACCGGAAACGAAUGCAGAUAAUCAGCAGUCAUACUGUAGCUUUACAUCUGGACGGACGUCUACUUUUGUAUCGGUGUUCAUCCUAUGUGUUUUGUGUCUACGUUCCUGGCCUGAGGGAUCCGGGAACAGAUACAGCUUUAUUUCAG